AUGCCUUUUAUGGGAUUAAAAGGAUCAAAAGGAAUUUACAAAGUUCAACCAAUUAAUAAAGAAAUUUCUGUAAAUAAUAAUGGCGUUAAUAAAAUAAUAAUUGAAGAAGAACGGAAAACAGAAUGGGGAUUAAUUUAUUUGUGUGCUUUAUUUACAUUUACUGCUUCUGUUCAAUUUACUUUGUUUUUUACUUCUUUAUGGCCUUUUAUGCAAAUUUUGGACGAUUCAGUUACUGUCACCUUUUUUGGUGCAAUAAUAGCAAUGUAUUCUCUUUCACAAAUUGUUGCCUCUCCACUACUUGGAUUUUGGUCUACUCGAAUUGAAAAGCUUAAACCGCCCUUAAUGAUAUGCAAUUUUUUAAUGUUUUUAGGCAAUUUUCUGUAUUGUUUAGUUGAAUUAUUCCCCUUGAGUAUGUCAAGAUACGUGAUGCUUGCUUCUAGAUUUACGGCUGGUAUUGGAUGGGCACAAGUUGGCCUAUUGAAAUCAUUUGCCUCAUCAGCAUCCAUAAAUAAAGACAGAUCAAGAGCUACAGCUUUUAUAACUGGCGGAAUGGCUUUAGGCUCUACAAUUGGACCUGGUAGAGGGAAACAAAAAAUAGUUUUAAGUUUUGAAUUUUCAGCAUUCCAAAUACUUUUUACUUGGAUUGGAUAUCCGGGAUACCCUAUUUGUUUAGAUAUUUUUGGUUUGCCUAAAUAUUGUUUGAAUAUUUCUAUGUUUACUGCACCAGCUUUGGCUGCAUCUAUUGUUAAUAUUUUUCUUUUAUUUUUGCAGGUUGGAAUAAUUAAAAAAUACUUUUUAAAUUAA